UCCUCAUUGAGUUUCUCCUCAUUUUGAACAGUCAGAAGACACAUUUAGCUAUACAGUACAAUGAUGUACAGUAUAAUCUCACAUUCUCUUAUGGUUGUAUUACUUUUACUGACUGGUUUCUCGUCGGAAGAAGCUACCACAACCGCUCCACAGGCAUCAACGGAGAGCACAGAAAAACCUACAACAAUAGCACCACCGACCAUAUCAGUCACAAUGGAGGAACGUACAACAAUAGCUCCAACCACCACAAUAUGGACAACUGAGGAACCUACAACAGCGCCACCGACCACAUCAGUGACAACUGAAGUACCUACAACAUUGCCGCCAACCACAUCAGUGACAACUGAGGUACCUACAACAUUGUUGCCAACCACAUCAGUGACAACUGAGGAACCUACAGCAACAGCGCCAAAAACCACAUUAUGGACAACUGAGGGUAUAUUACUUACUACAUCAGUUACAACUGAGGAACUUACAACAGUGCCACCGACCACAUCAGUUACAACCGAGGCUGGCAUAGAAUCUGAGAAUAUACUGUAUAUGGCGCAAUAUGACUACGAUGUCUCGUAUAUUGGCUGGUUUUUUACAAAUCCAAACACGCACGAUAUUACGGGGUAUAGCCGAACAUACCUAUCUUCAUCUCACAACUGGACAUCAGUAGCUGUUGAUUACCACACAGGAAAUGUUUCUUUCCAUGAUGCUAUAAACCACUGGAUUUUCCUAAGCGAUAGUUUUUCAACACCCAAUGGAGUGGCAAGUGCCAUUGAAGGUGGAACAUCUGGAAGAGUGGAGGCUAUGACAAUUGAUUGGUUGGCACACAAUGUUUACUGGGUGGAUGAGGGUUACAAUUGGAUCAAAAUGACGAAUUAUUUUGGUGUAGGAGAAGUUACAAUAAUAGAUACUGGGCUUGAAAAGCCGUCGGGGAUAGCCUGUCUUCCUUCAAAAGGAUAUCUAUUCUGGACCGAACUGGGAGGUGUGGAUCCACCCAGGAUUAUGAGAUCAUCCAUGUCUGGAGAAAAUCCAAUCACUAUUGUUACAGAUGUGAGCGAACCCAAAUCUGUGGCUGUCGAUACCAUCCUUAACAGGUUGAUAUUUUGGACUACUGUCGGACUUAUUAAGAGAAGUAAUCUCAAUGGUACAAGUCAGACAAACCUACUAAGUACUAACUAUAAUGGUCCCAUCAUGAUCACACUUGAUCAGGUUCAAAAAAGGUUUUACAUAGUGUACACACCGACUUCAUAUAUAUACUCGGCAGGAUAUUACAGUGGUGGUCUUGAAAAUAUUUAUCUCGGUGGCCGUGUCUCGCCUGUAGCUGUCACAAUGUUUCAGGACUUCUUAAUAUUAGUAGAUGAGCCAGGACCUUCGGUCAUUAAAGCAAUACACAAGAUUUCUGGUGAACUUGAAGGUGAAAUAUAUCUGGAUACUUUGGUGUACACGAUUGACAUGGUCGAUGAGUCUACCCAGCCUAUACCUUCAAAUGAUCCGUGUUCACCAAGUCCUUGUGCAAACAAUGGCGUUUGCCAGAUGAAUGGAACGGACAGCUAUGUAUGCAACUGCGUUGGAACUGGAUAUGUUGGCGAUAUCUGUGACGUGGAAGAUCAAGAAGAUCCUAUAAUUGUUGAUUGUCCAAAUGAUAUAACAGUUAACACAACCAAUGGGCAACCAGUUGGUGUUAAUGUCACAUGGACAGAACCAACUGCUUCUGAUAACUCUGGAGAAACACCAGAAUUAGAGUCAGACUACACCUCAGGUGACAAUAUGUUUCUGAUUGGUCACACAACAGUGCAGUACAAUGUAUCAGAUUCAAGUGGUAACUUCAAUGAUAGGUGUAAUUUUACGGUUACUGUUGAAGACAAAGAACUACCUGUUCCUAGUUGUCCAUCACUAGUUACUGGUGUUACUGAUGAGGGAAAACCAAAUGGCACCGUAAAAUACAAUAUUACCAUCAUGGAUAACGUUCAGGUUGCUAUGUUUUCAACAAACUAUACAAACAUCGACCCUGCUGCAAUGAUCAUUGAUGCAGCUCACGCUGUAGUUGAGACUACUGGUGUAUUCCCAAUCGGAGAAACUGUAAUUGAAUACAUCUUUGUCGACUCUGCUUCGCCAACAUCAAAUGAAGCUACAUGCUAUAUUACAUUACAAAUUGAAGAUGAAGAAAACCCCGAAAUUGUAGAUUGUCCAAUGGAUAUAACAGUUAACACUACCAGCGGACAACCGGUUGCUGUUAACGUUACAUGGACAGAACCGACUGCUACUGAUAACUCUAAAGAAACACCAGAACCAGAGUCAGACUACACCUCAGGUGACAAUAUGUUUCUGAUUGGUCACACAACAGUGCAGUACAAUGUAUCAGAUUCAAGUGGUAACUUCAAUGAUAGGUGUAAUUUUACGGUUACUGUUGAAGACAAAGAGCUACCAGCUCCUAGUUGUCCAUCACUAGUUACUGGUAUUACUGAUGAGGGAAAACCAAAUGGCACCGUAAACUACAAUAUUACCGUCAUGGAUAACGUUCAGGUUGCUAGGUUUUCAACAAACUAUACAAACAUCAACCCUGCUGAAAUGACCAUUGAUGCAGCCUACGCGGUGGUUGAGACUACUGGUGUAUUCCCAAUCGGAGAAACUGUAAUUGAAUACAUCUUUGUCGACUCUGCUUCGCCAACAUCAAAUGAAGCUACAUGCUAUAUUACAUUACAAAUUGAAGAUGAAGAAAAGCCCGAAAUUGUAGAUUGUCCAAUGGAUAUAACAGUUAACACUACCAGCGGACAACCGGUUGCUGUUAACGUUACAUGGACAGAACCGACUGCUACUGAUAACUCUAAACAAACACCAGAACCAGAGUUACGAGCUAUAUAG